AUGUAUCUCAUUUCGGCUGCCAUUGACUUGGCCGCGCCCGUCUUCCUCGUCACCUCCCCCCUCACAUCCUACGCCGACCAAAUCGUAAGCAUUCAUCGGUCAAGAAGCUCGACGGGCUUCUCUUUGGACAUUCCCCUGAUUAUGCUUGUUUCUUCGAUCUUGAAGGUUUUCUAUUGGUUUGGAGAGUACUAUUCAGCCACUUUGUUGACCCAGGCGGUCGUCAUGAUUGUGGUGCAGAUGACUAUGCUCAAGGUUGCAUUGGAUAAUCGGCCUUCUCCUGGUGGUCUGAAUGGGAUUGAGCAUGCGCCUUUCAGUAGUGGCUCUGACAGUGGCUCCUCAAGGCCUUACGAAUUUUGGCAGUGGAAGAACACUAAGCCGUACUACAUGUUCCUCGCUUACUUCGUCGGAGCCCUGACUUUUAUCCACCUGAGCCCGAUCUCCCAAUUCGAAUCCUAUAUCAGCCUCUUGGGUUACAUCGGACUUGCCGUCGAGGCCACCCUUCCCAUCCCACAAAUCAUCGCCAACUACCGAUCAGGCUCAUGCAAGGGCUUCCGGGUCUCCGUCAUUGCAGCAUGGAUUCUCGGUGACACCAUGAAGAUGAGCUACUUCUUCUGCAGCACGGAAACUAUCCCAUGGGCCUUCAAGCUGUGCGGCAUGUUCCAAUGCGCGUGCGAUUUCUACCUGGGCUUCCAGUUCUAUAUGUUCACUCGGGGCUCCUCACUCUCACACUCUCGGGGCCCCUCCCAGACCGCGGGCAGGUCGGAACAGGAUGGCCGUUGGGGCCACGAGGCGAAAGAUAUCCGCAUGAACUGA